AUGUGGACCAGUGUAGAGUGUUGGUCUUACUUCUACUCAAACACCACCAUGGACUGGGAUACAGCUCGGGUCUGGUGUAAGACCCACUACACGGACAUGGUGGCGAUCCAGAACCAGGAGGAGAUUGGGCAUCUUAACAGCUGGCUUCCCUGGAAGAACAACUACUACUGGAUCGGGAUCCGCAAGAUUGAGAACAUCUGGACCUGGGUGGGGACAAACAAAUCUCUGACAGCAGAAGCCACCAACUGGGCAAAAAACGAACCAAACAAUGGGAACAGCAAAGUAAAGAAUGUGCACAGUGUUGAGAAAUCUGAGGACUGUGUGGAGAUGUACAUUAAAAGGGAAAAGCAGACAGGAAAAUGGAAUGAUGAGUGGUGCAAAAAACACAAGACGGCGUUGUGCUACGCAGCUGCCUGCAAGAACGACUCAUGCCUCUAUGGAGAAUGUGUGGAGACCAUCAACAGCCACAGGUGCGAGUGCACUCCAGGAUUUUAUGGCGAAAAGUGCCAACAUGUUGUUAAAUGUAACAAAGACGAGGUGAUGGCCCCACAGAACGGAAGAGUGGAUUGCCUUCAUUCAUAUGGAGACUUUGCCUACAACUCCUCGUGUCGGUAUUUCUGUGAGGAAGGAUACCAGCUGAGCACACCAGGACCUCAGAGAUGCAACGAGGCAGGAAACUGGACUGAGGUGUCUCCUACAUGUGAAUUGGUUCAGUGUCAGAAACUGUUCCCACCUUCAAGUGGCUCCAUGAGGUGCUCAGACCCUCUGGGACCCUCCAGCUAUCGAUCCACCUGUACCUUUACCUGUGCUGAAGGCUAUGAGCUGGAUGAACCCUUGUCUGACACCUUGCAAUGUGAACCUUUAGGAAAGUGGAAUGCCUCGCAGCCAUCGUGUGUCGCUGUCCAGUGUUCUGCUCUCGGGGAUUUAGAGAAUGGCUUUGUCACAUGUGAAGAUGAAACAGAAAUGAGGUUCAGCUACAAGAAGAACUGCAGCUUCAGCUGUGAUGCUGGCUACCGUCUGGUGGGACCAACCAGGGUCACUUGCACAUCUGCAGCCGAGUGGAGUGAGCAGACGCCUCACUGUGAAGCCAUCACUUGCCAGAGACCUGAAGCUGGAGCUCAAAUGGUUAUUCAGUGCAGUGGAUCAGAACUGCGACUAGACGCUACCUGCAGUUUCAGCUGUGAGUCAGGCUUUGAACUGCAGGGAGCAAACACCACUAAAUGUUCUGAGGAUGGGCGAUGGAGUGAGGCCAUACCUACCUGCACAGCUGUUCGGUGUCCAGCUCUCCAGCAACCAGCCCACAGCGUUCUCAGUUGUGAAGGCGACGCAGAAAUGAGGUUCAGUUACGGAAACGCCUGCAGCUUUAGCUGUGCGCCUGGCUAUCGGCUGAUGGGACCGAGCAGGGUCGUCUGCACAGCCGCAGCUCAGUGGAGUGAGCAGACAGCGCACUGUGAAGCCAUCACUUGCAAGUUUCCAGAAGCAGAAGCUCCGGUCAUCACAAAGUGCACCAAACCUUUGACUGAACUUGGGCUGAACUCCAGCUGCAGCUUCAGCUGUGAGCCAGGCUUUGAACUUCAGGGAGCAAACGCUACCACGUGCACUGAGAGCGGACACUGGAAUGAAGCCACACCUGCCUGCAAAGCUGUUAAAUGCCUGCCCCUCACGGCUCCUGAACAUGGUCAUAUUAACUGCUCCAACCAGGAGCCAGUUUAUAAUUCCCAGUGCUCUUUCAUGUGUGAUCAAGAUUACUCCUUAAAGGGGCAAGAGCUGCUGAUCUGUGGUCAUGAUGGCACUUGGUCUGGGGAAAAGCCCACAUGUCAAGCUCUUUCCUCUUCUGCUACUACUGUUGCCAUGGGCGUGGCAGCAGGCGGCACUGCUCUGGCAUCGGUUCUGUCUCUGGCCAUGUGGAUCCUGAAACGACUGAGGCAGAGAGCGUCCAAAUUUGAGUUGAACAGCAACUCUGACAUCGAGGAGCCCCCACAAGUCUACAAAAACAGCAUUGACAGCCUCAUAUAG